AUGUCGUCCAAGCCGGUCAGUGAGGCCGCUUACUUUCUGUAUCAAUGCAUCAACCACGGUGGCACCAAGCUCGACUUCAAGCUCAUCGGAGAGGCUCUCGAUCUGAAGACUGGUACUGCCAACAUGAGAUACACUCGGUUCCGCGAGAGAAUCAACAAGGCUGGCGUCGUUCAGGGUAGAGCUUGGAGUGGUCAACUAAACGAUGCCGAUGCCGUAUUCCUAUUCCAGUGCAUUCGAGCUUGCGACAUUAAGGUUGACUUCAACGCCGUCGGCGACGCGCUAGGUCUGAAGGCUGGAACUGCCCACAUGAGAUACACCCGGCUGCGACACAAGUACGAUGAAAUCGACUCAAGCGCUGGUGCUGCUCCGUCUGCUGCCGUCUCUGCUCCUCCGUCGCCCAACGUGUCUGUGUCCGAGCCAACCGAAAAGGCCGAAGACGACGUUGCAAAGAAGCGAAAGGCAGCCACAUCGGACGAGUCUGGCAACGAUACCAAGCGCGCGACACCCAAGAAGCAGAAAGUUGACGCAAAAGCGGCACCCGACAAGAUCAAGAUCGAAGAAGAGCCGGCAGUCGAGAAGCGUCAGACCCGCGGCAAGAAAAUUGACCUGGCCGAAUCUCUUGACAGUGACGACGACUCUGCUGCGAUUCCCUCCACUGAUGGAGCCAAGGACUCGUUUAGUGAUGAUUACGAGCCGCACGACACCGAUAGCGACUACAUCUUGAGUGACGAGGACACUCCCAAGGCGGCUGUGGUUGGACGACGUCGUGUCCCUGGAAGCACUCGUUCUUCUGUUCAGAAGGUCAUCAAGCGACGACUUCAGCACACCCCAGCUGGUCUAUCCGGAGUCAAGAUGUGGCAGACAAGCAAGACAGUCCGUCACGCUGCGAAGCAGACGAUUCCAGCUCCUGUCAAGGCUGUCCCAACUCCUCCCAAGGCAUUUGCAGUUCCUGCUGCUUCCGUGGCUACCACUCCCACCCUUAGAAUUCCAGACGAUCGCGAAGCUACAGCCACUUCCGACGCAAGCAACGAAUCAGUGACGCCUUCUUACCAUGCUCUUCAGCUUCAGCACGAUCUCAUCACCACUACCAGUGCAACCCCUCCCGGCGAAGAGACCGUUCUACCGUCUGUCGAGGCCAUCGAGGACAAGAGCCCAGGUCUCUUGACACGCUUCGUCUCGUGGUGGAAGUAG